AUGGACUCACCGGUCUCCGGUUUAAUGACAGAACUGAUCCUACCGGUGUUAGAAAAGAUUGCCUUCAUCCAACAUGGACCGGUAUUUUGGCGUCCUUACGUAGACGACAUGUUCGUCAUCGUAAAGAAGGACAUUGUGCAACAUUUCCACAGCCUGCUCAACGCAGUCUUCCCUGAUAUAAAAUUCACGAGGGAAGAAGAACAGGAACAGCAGUUGCCCUUCCUGGAUGUGCUUGUCAGACGAAACCUUAACGGUGAACUUGACAGGACGGUUUAUAGGAAGGCAACGAACACCACACAGCUCCUCAGUGAAGCUAUGUGA